UCCGCUGCGCCUGCGUCCGUCACAGCUCUCCAAAGCCGAGACGCGCGCCACUGUUAAUGCGGGCAUGACAUACUGGCAGCAGUAGUGGGCUUCUGUCAGCCUGCUUUUAAACUGAUUACCAAGAGGAAAGGGAGGAGAAAGAAGAGGAGAAGAGAGGGAACUGACUCAUUUCUGCCGCUGCCGUGCGUCGAGAAGAGUAGAUGAGUCAAUGGCAGGGGCACAGCCUGGAGUUCAUGCGUUGAAGCUCAAGCCCGUGUCCGUGCCCGAGAGCCUGUGGAGGGGCAAUAAAUUCAUGAAAUGGGAUGAUGAUUCAACCACUGUGACCCCGGUGACUCUAACAGUCGACCCUAAAGGUUACUUCCUGUAUUGGACCGACCAAAACAAGGAAACAGACCUGCUGGAUAUUGCGCACAUAAAGGAUGCCAGAAACGGAAAAUGCACUAAAACACCCAAGGAUGCCAAGCUGCGGGAGCUACUUGAUGUCAGCACCCUGGUGGGGAAGAUGGAGAACAGGAUGUUGACGGUGGUGAGCGGCCCUGACAUGGUCAACAUCACCUACCUCAACUUCAUGGCCUUCCAGGAGGAGAUUGCUAAGGAAUGGGCGGAAGAGCUGUUCAGCCUGGCAUCUAACCUGUUGGCACAGAACAUGUCCAGAGAGGCCUAUCUGGAGAAAGCAUACACUCGACUGAAGCUGCAGCUCAACCCUGAGGGGCGAAUCCCUGUCAAGAAUAUCUUCAGGAUGUUCUCGGCAGACAGGAAACGAGUGGAGACAGCCCUGGAAAACUGUAACCUCCCUUCUGGCAGGAAUGACUCCAUCCCCCAGGAGGACUUCACCCCCGAGGUCUACAACAUGUUCCUCAGUAACAUCUGCGCCCGGCCUGAGCUGGACCACAUCUUCUCCGACGUGGGUGCUAAGAGUCGUCCAUACCUCACCGUGGAGCAGAUGACAGAGUUCAUCAACAGCAAACAGCGAGACCCUCGUCUGAACGAGAUCCUCUAUCCGCCUCUCAAACCAGAGCAAGUCCAGCUGCUGGUGGACAAAUAUGAGCCCAACACCUCGCUGGCUCAGAGAGGUCAGAUCUCCGUGGAGGGCUUUGCCAGGUACCUGAGCGGGGAGGAGAACAGCAUCAUCCCCCCCGAAAAGCUGGACCAGAGCGAAGACAUGACCCUGCCCCUCUCCCACUAUUUCAUCAACUCCUCGCACAACACAUACCUCACAGCUGGCCAGCUUGCGGGGAAUUCUUCCGUGGAGAUGUACAAGCAGGUUCUCCUGUCAGGAUGUCGCUGCAUUGAACUGGACUGCUGGAAGGGACGCACCACCGAAGAAGAGCCCAUCAUCACCCACGGCUUCACCAUGACAACUGAAAUCUCCUUCAAGGAGGUGAUCGAGGCUAUCGCGGAGUGCGCCUUCAAGACCUCCCCCUUCCCGGUCAUCCUGUCUUUCGAGAACCACGUGGACUCACCAAAGCAGCAGGCUAAGAUGGCUGAGUACUGCCGGUCAAUAUUUGGAGACGCAUUACUGACGGACCCUCUGGAGAAAUAUCCUCUGGAGUCUGGAGUGCCAUUACCCAGCCCUAUGGAACUGAUGGGAAAAAUCCUCGUGAAAAACAAGAAGAAACACCAUAAAACAGAUGGAAGCACCAAGAAGAAACUGUCUGAGCAGGUUUCUAACACCUACAGUGACUCCUCCAGCGUGUGUGAGCCUUCCUCCCCUAGUGCAGGUUCCACCAAAGAGGAGAUGGCAGAUUCCUCGCAGCCUCCAGAGGGUGCUGAGCUUAGCCUGAGGCCGCAGGGCAGGAAGUCCAUCGGUGAGGUAGAGGCAGAAAGCGACGAUGAAGAUGACGAUGAUGACGACUGUAAGAAGGGCUCAAUGGACGAGGGCACGGCAGGCAGUGAGGCGUUUGCCACCGAGGAAAUGUCCAACCUGGUCAGCUACAUCCAGCCUGUCAAAUUCAACAGCUUCGAGGGUUCCAAAAAGAUCAAUCGCAGCUACCAGAUGUCGUCCUUCGUAGAGACCAAAGCUUUGGAGCAACUGACCAAAUCUCCUGUGGAGUUUGUGGAGUACAACAAGCUGCAGCUGAGCAGGAUCUAUCCGAAAGGAACCAGAGUGGAUUCAUCCAACUACAACCCUCAGCUCUUCUGGAAUUCCGGCUGUCAGCUGGUGGCUCUCAACUUCCAGACAAUAGAUUUGUCCAUGCAGCUGAACCUGGGUAUGUAUGAAUACAACGGGAAAUGCGGCUUUAGGCUGAAACCUGAGUUCAUGAGGCGGCCAGACAAACACUUUGACCCUUUCACUGAGAGCACCGUGGACGGGAUAGUGGCCAACACACUGUCUGUGAAGAUCAUUUCAGGCCAGUUCCUGACAGAUAAGAAGGUGGGAACUUACGUGGAGAUCGACAUGUUUGGUCUGCCAGUGGACACCAGGAGGAAGGCUUUCAAGACCAAGACGUCACAGGGUAACGCCAUCAACCCCGUGUGGGAAGAGGAGGCCAUCGUCUUCAAGAAGGUUGUUCUGCCAACCUUGGCCUCAUUGAGGAUAGCUGUGUUUGAAGAAGGAGGGAAAUUCAUCGGGCAUCGUAUCAUUCCUGUGUCUGCCAUCCGUCCAGGCUACCACUACAUCGGCUUGAGGAAUGAGAAGAACCAGUCCCUGACACUGCCUGCUCUGUUUGUGUACGUGGAAGUGAAGGACUAUGUCCCAGACACGUUUGCAGAUGUCAUCGAGGCCCUGUCCAAUCCCAUCCGCUACGUCAACCUGAUGGAGCAGAGAGCCAAUCAGCUCGCGGCUCUUACUCUGGAAGAGGGAGGAGAGGAGGAGGUUGACAAAGAGGUGGAGGCAGGAGGCGACGCCCCCUCGGAGCCCAAGGUGGACCAGAGGGUAACGCUGCCUGCAGAGAACGGACUGAGCCAUACUCCCAUCAUCUCCCCUAAACCCCCGUCGCUGGGCGGCCACCAGCCUCAGCCUACAGGCUCAGUGAAACCGUCGGUGAAGACUGAGGACAUUAUUCAGAGUGUCCUCACUGAAUUGGAGGCCCAGACAUUGGAGGAGCUGAAGCAGCAGAAAGGCUUCGUCCGGGAGCAGAGGAAGCAGUACAAAGAGAUGAAGGAGCUCGUCCGGAAACACCACCGCAAGACCAGCGAGCUCAUCAAGGAGCACACGGCUCGCGUCUCUGAGCUGCAGAGCCAGCACCAGCGCCGGCGCUCCGCCUUGCAGAAGAGCCACAAACGAGACGGUAAGAAAAGCCGGACACUCUCUCUGUCAACCCUGGACCAGGAGCUGUGCGAGCUGGAUCAGGAGUGUAGCCAGCGGCUGGCAGAGCUGAAGGAGCAGCAACAGCAGCAGCUUCUCACACUGCGACAGGAGCAGUACUACAGCGAGAAAUACCAGAAGCGAGAACACAUCAAGCAGCUGGUUGAGAAGUUGACCACCAUUGCAGAGGAGUGCCAAAGUGCUCAGCUCAAGAAGCUCAGAGACAUCUGUGAGAAAGAGAAGAAGGACCUUAAGAAGAAAAUGGACAAGAAGAGGCAGGAGAAGAUCAAUGAAGCCAAAUCUAAAGACAAAAAUGUGACAGAGGAAGAGAAGCUGGAGAUCAACAGAUCGUUUGUCAAUGAGGUGGUGCAGUACAUAAAACGGCUGGAGGACGCCCAGAGCAAACGACAGGAAAGACUACUGGAGAAGCACAAGGACAUCCGCCAACAGAUCUUGGAUGAGAAGCCAAAGCUACAGAGCGACCUGGACCAGGAGUACCAGGACAAGUUCCGUCGGCUUCCUGUGGAGAUCCAAGAGUUCGUGCAGGACAGCAGCAAGGCCAAGCUCAGUGACGACUGUCUCCACAGCAGCCUGUCAGUCUCCUCAACAGCCGAGAAGCUCAACCACAAGGCGUCGCAGUCGGAGGACGACAUGGAGGAGGGCUCGUCAGAGCGAGUCUACGACACGCCCCUUUAGAGAUUCCAUUUGCUUCACACUGGGACACUGAUUGGUGGAGGUGUUUGUGACCACAGAUCUAGGAUGAGACUGCCCCAACUUUGGUCCUAAUUUUAACCAGUGGGAGGAUUAGAUCAAAUCUGAGCCUGGAUUGGUGAGUAGAGGUCGUCUCUGCCUACCGUGCAGUCUUGUCCAAAAAAAAAAAAAAAAAAAAAAAAAAACUUUUCAUGUAAAUACUUUUUGUGUAUUUGUAUGUUAUGUUCUCAUCUGUUUCGGUACGGCCACAGGAUGUGUUACAAAGCACUAACUAUUUGCAGGAAAUAACUUACUUGAACUAUUGCACAGAGAGAAUACGUUCUUUUUAUGUUGUUUUUUUUUCUUCCCCGUUUUGUUUUUUGUUGUUGUUUUUUUAAAUUCUCACGAUAUUGACUGUAGUAGUGGUCAGUCGGUCUGUGGUGCCAAGGUUUUGAUUUCACAGUGCACUUACAGUGGACAUUGUAAUUGAAGUGGAGUCAACUUGUACUGUAAACCAACCACUACAUAUUCAGCCUUUUACGCUUCCAUCUCUUGUAAGGUUUAGAUUCACUUCUAAGUAUUUGCACUGAAAGCUUACUACAUGACUAUGUAACUAUCUUACUUUAACCCAGAGGCACUGGUGGCUUGCUGGUUCUCAAUUUUGUUCUCACAGAACUAAGCCUAUAUAUGUUGCUGCUAUUUUGUUUUAAUACCAUUAGUUUUCAUAAUGAUUUGCAAGAUAUUUGGCAUGGUAAUAAUAUGCAGUGUUUUAUUAUUUCUUGUCAUUUUCUUUUUUUUUUUUUUUUGGGGGGGGGGGGGGGGGGGGGGGUUGAUUUUUAAUAAGUUGGUUUUGAUUGCUUAUCAGCGAUUUGGCUAUAGAGAGGAAGUUAAGGGAAAGUCAAUUGUAGAGUAUCUGCAUGUAUUUGAACAACUGUAAAUGUUACAGUAGCUCUGUAGCGGAAACAAAAUGUUAAGUCAAUGUAAAUGAUUUGAAGUGAUCUUGCAAAACAUUGGGUCCAGAGAAAAGUAUCACCACCUUUUACUUAGGAUAGGGAUGGACAUAGUUUCAAAUUAACAGGUUGCUGUAAACUUGGAGAGCAAUCCCUUUAUUCUAUAUGUUUAUCUCUUUGAACUUAAAUAUUCAGAGAGGAUGAGGUGAUCCUGGUUUUAUGGACCUGCACUUUUUUCUGAAUUGGCUCAUCCUAUAUCUACUGAGGAAUGUGUGCAUUUCCCUCAUACAAACAGCAGCUGGCUGGCAAAACAGUGACUAUCUGGCACUCCUUGGUAAGCUACAGUUUUAAAUUGGGAAAUAGUUGAGUUAUUUUUAAACAGACCCCAGAUGCUCAGUUUAUAUCUGUAAAGAGCACCAGCGUUAAUAUAAAUAACUAGACUAUUUCAUCUUUACUACGUGAGCUGUGUACAUCGCCCAUUCAGUACUCUUAUACUAUGGAAGUGUUUUUAACUUCCUCUCUGUCCAGUGCUAUUGAACUCAUGGAUGUGUCAAUUUGAUAUUGCAUUACAUUUCAACUGAUUUCCCUCGAAAUAAGUUUAAAGCGAAAGGAUUACCUGAAGUGUAAGUACAAAUUACUUUUUAAAAAAGAUGACAGUUCAUAUUAAUGUGAGAGUCCUGUGCCUUUGAAUAGGUUUGCCUUGUUUGAUGUUGAAUGUGUGAAAUGCAUCAUUGUUUAAACCACCAUUAUAUUAUAUUAUAUGAAGUUGUCUGAUAUUGAAUAGAUUGUGUGCACUUUUUAGUACAGUACCACUACUGAGUAACGCUUGUGAUGAGCAGUAUUUGACAUGUGUCUCAUAAGAAACACGAGACAUCCUUCUUUUUGUCUUGAACCACUUUACUGAACUGCCCCUCCCUCCCUUUUCAUCACCUUAAGUGUAUGCAUUCUGGAGUUGUAAAUGUGUUUAAGACAUAAAGGAUAAAACAUGAAGUUGAUAAAAGCAUAGUGUAAAGGGAAUUUGCCUGUAAUUAAAAUAAAUGUGGCUAUUAUUGUACUU